UGUGCCCUAUCCCUUUCCUUAAAUGGAUCCAAAACAGACUGCUUACAAUGGACUUCUCUGUCACUGCUGUUCUCUUCUUCAUUCUCUCUUGCUGCCUCUGGGAUUCCGAAGCCCGAAAACAUGAUGCUGAACUCACAGUGCCAAAUGGAGGAAAGUGGGGCACCUGGGGAAAUAUAGUGUUAUGCCCCGAAGGAUACGCUACUGGUUUUGCCCUGAAGGUACAACCAUACCAAGGUGCACUUGUGUGGAAUGAUGACACAUCUCUGAAUUCCAUUCGCCUCCAUUGCUCAAAUGGUUCUGCAGUAGAGUCUAAAGCUGGGCCGUGGGGAACUUGGACAGAUGUUGUGAAGUGCCCCAGAGGCUCCUUGGUUUCCUUCUCUCUGCAAGUGGUUGCAAAUCAGGGACUUGGUGAUGAUACAGCAGCCAACAACAUCCAGUUCACCUGCGAAGAUGGGUCUGUAGUGAUGGGCAAGUCACAUGACUGGGGCACUUUUGGUCCAUGGAGUAAGCGUUGCCCUGUGGGCUUCAUAUGUGGGCUCCAGACAAAGGUGGAAGAAAAGAGAGGAAGUGGUGAUGAAACAGCACUUAAUGAUGUGAAGUUCUUCUGCUGUAACUGAACUACUGUCUGUCACCGUGCUGAAGCACAAUUGUCUGUGUUCUACUGGAUUUUUUUGACAAGA